CCGUAGGCGAGCGCAAAAACCCCACCCAUGGCGAGUCUCCUUUCCUCGUCCGUGCUCCUGCCCGUCGGCCACCCCACCUCCCGCUGCAGCGCCGGCGGCCGCCUCCUCUCCACCAAGGUGGGCUGGGGCCUCCUCUCCUUCGCCGCGCCGGAGGACACCAAGGUCUGCGGCCUCCUCCCGGUCCCGGCGACCUCACGCGGGAGCGCUCACGUGGUGCUCGCGGUGCCGGAGGGCUUCCUCUCCUUCGAGGCGCCGGAGGACACCAAGGUCGUCUGGGGCCUCCUCCCGGCCAACACAACCAAGGCCACGCGCGGUAACGGCAUCGUCGCGCUCGCGGUGCCGGAGGGCGCUUCGGGCGGCUGGGGCCUCCUCCCGGCCAACGCCACCAAGACCUCGCGCGGCGUCCUGGCGCUCGCGGUGCCGGAGGGCGCUUCGGGCGGCUGGGGCCUCCUCCCGGCCAACGCCACCAAGACCUCGCGCGGCGUCCUGGCGCUCGCGGUGCCGGAGGGCGCUUCGGGCGGCUGGGGCCUCCUCCCGGCCAACGCCACCAAGACCUCGCGCGGCGUCCUGGCGCUCGCGGUGCCGCCGGGUAACGCAACCAAGACCACCCGAGGGAACGGCGUCGUGGCGUUCGCGUGGCCGGAGGAGGGCGCCAACCGCUGGAGCGGCUGGGGACCCCUCCCGGAGGGCGCGCCGGCGGAAGAUGUCAAGGCCUUCUACGCUCAGGAUUUCAUCAAUCGUGUUGACAAGAUUGGCACCAUCAACAGCUACGCCCUUUUUGGGCACGCCGACAUCCUGGAGGUUGCGGCGGAGGCCGCCGAGAGGUGCAUCCAGGUGGUUCACCUACUUCAACCAGUGCUGGUGGAUGAGUUCGCGAGCCGCCCUCGAGCCAAGACUGUGGUCGGGGUCACCACAACCCUGAGCGUUCGCCUGGUCGAACAUUGCCGGAUCGUGUUGUCCGAGUGUGAGGAGGGUUACGUCCGGGAGCAUCCGCUGCGCGAAGCCCUUUACGGUCUCAAUGCCCUCAAUCGAACUGGCUACCCCAAGCCCGCCCUCGUCACCGCGUCCCGGACAGAGGCGGAGAAGGUGGCCUACUUCAAGCAUCUGGCGGAUGAGUUCAAGGAGCUGGCCCUCGAGGUAGAGGCGUCCGUCAACGAGUGGAACGACUCUGGCAAGUCGGCUGGGUGGUUCGAUCAGCCCGUGAAGAUGCGGUCCGACGACUAGAUCGAGGUGAGGUCUGUGGCCGCCUCUGUCUGCAUGCCCCGCGAGCUCCAUUCACUCCAAUGUUUCAUGCUCUUCUUUUUGUAUCCGGUCGUCUAUUAGUCCUUGCUGAUCCGCAUUUUUAUCCGUUCGUGUACUGGAACUAUUAUUAGCUACCCCUUUCGUUUCAUUUUGAAUCCGAUCAUGUACUGGGAACUAGCUACUCGUCCGUCCUUUUGUGUCUCUUCAUUCAUGUACUGGGAACAUGAACUACUUAGUGAUUUGCAAGAUGUUAGUUCAGACUUU